AUGUUCGUAAUGCCCAAAGUGCUGGAACAAGUCAGCGGAAAGAGGCUGUGUCAGAAGGUUGGUGGGAAGGAGACAGAAAAUAAGAUUCUGCUGCAGAUCAGCGAAGCCAAUCAAGUGUCGGACUUUGAAAGGAUUCUUAAUUCUAGCGCAAUACUGUAUGAGCGGAGUCAUAGUCACGUUUGGCGGAGAAAUGUUGCUAUACAUUCAUCCUCGGCCAUCACAACCCCGCGGCCUCGCUCCUCAUACUCACUCCGAACUGUAAGUCAAGCUUAUCAUUAUCUUUUUCGACAGCACGAAGAAUCUUUGCAGCCUUUAAUAGAUAAAUAUAGGCGAGAUAACACCGACCUGAAAAAUCCCCCAGUACAAAGUAAUUGGUAUCAAAACCUGCAAGAAUUGUCUGAGUUCUAUGAAGAUGAUAAAGAUCUACGAGAUGAAAUUGAAGCUAUCACUGACCGUAUAAUAGUUGAUGAAGUUAGCGAAGGUGAACAAACAACGACACGCAGCAAUUUUAAUGUUAAUUUGGCUGAAUUAUUCGGACUAAAUGUAAAUGGAGAGUGCAUUAGUCCGACAAAUCGCGAAGAACAGAGCCAAUCACCAAUUGACAAAAUUGGAAAUCUUACAGAGGAAUGGCUGGAACCGAUUAUGAACUCUCAAUCUGAUGAUAGAAAAAGGGACAGUAUCGACUCUAAUGUCGAUUGUUUGUCAAAAAAUUUGAAUUCAGUUCAAAUUGAUUGUGAUUCAAAUGUACCAUCGAUAACAUUCAGUAAUUGUAGCGAAGGUCAUUCGCGAGUCGAUAAAACUAACAAUAAAGACGUAGUUAUUCAUCUGGCCGUUCCCGCAAUUGAUAAUGCAGACGAGUCCCGACCGCCAAUGAUGUGACC